GCGGCCGGGAGGCUGUGGCCCCGCUGUGGUUGCUCGGUGACAAGUGGGAACCGCCUCCGCCAUAAUGGCAGAAACAGCUUCUCCCCUGAAGCACUUUGUGCUGGCAAAGAAGGCGAUUACUGGGAUCUUUGGUCAGUUACUGGAGUUUGUUACUGAAGGCUCACAUUUUGUUGAAGCAACAUUUAAGAAUCCAGAACUUGAUCGAAUAGCCACCGAUGAUGAUGUGAUAGAAAUACAGGGAUAUAAAAACAAACUUGCUGUCAUCGCUGAGGUACUGUCUCGAAGACACAUGAAAGUGGCAUUUUUUGGCAGGACAAGCAGUGGAAAGAGCUCUGUUAUCAAUGCAAUGUUGUGGGAUAAAGUUCUCCCAAGUGGAAUUGGCCAUACAACCAACUGUUUCCUGAGUGUUGAAGGCACCGAUGGGGAUAAAGCCUAUCUUAUGACAGAAGGAUCAGAUGAGAAAAAGAGUGUGAAGACGGUUAAUCAGCUGGCUCAUGCCCUUCAUAUGGACAAGGACUUGAAAGCUGGCUGUCUUGUGCAUGUCUUUUGGCCAAAGGCAAAAUGUGCGCUCUUAAGAGAUGAUCUGGUUUUAGUAGACAGUCCAGGCACAGAUGUUACUACAGAGCUGGAUAGUUGGAUUGACAAGUUCUGCUUGGAUGCUGAUGUCUUUGUUUUGGUUGCAAACUCUGAAUCAACGCUCAUGAACACGGAAAAACAUUUUUUUCACAAAGUAAAUGAACGACUUUCCAAGCCUAAUAUUUUUAUUUUGAAUAAUCGUUGGGAUGCUUCUGCAUCGGAGCCAGAAUAUAUGGAAGAUGUACGUAGGCAGCACAUGGAAAGAUGCCUAAACUUCUUGGUUGAGGAGCUCAAAGUUGUGGAUUAUUUAGAAGCAAAGAAUCGCAUCUUCUUUGUUUCAGCAAAGGAAGUUCUUAGUGCUAGAAAGCACAAAGCACAGGGGAUGCCGGAAGGUGGUGGAGCACUUGCUGAAGGAUUUCAGGCAAGAUUACAGGAGUUUCAGAAUUUUGAACAAACAUUUGAGGAGUGUAUCUCGCAGUCAGCAGUGAAAACAAAGUUUGAACAGCACACUAUCAGAGCUAAACAGAUACUAGAGACUGUGAAAAACAUAAUGGACUCAAUAAACGUGGCCGCGGCAGAGAAAAGAGUAUAUUCAAUAGAAGAGAGGGAAGACCAAAUUGACAGAUUGGACUUUAUUCGGAACCAGAUGAAUCUUUUAACACUGGAUGUUAAGAAAAAAAUCCGAGAGGUUACGGAGGAGGUGGCAAAUAAGGUUUCCUGUGCAAUGACAGAUGAAAUUUGUCGACUUUCUGUUUUGGUUGAUGAAUUUUGUUCAGAGUUUCAUCCUACUCCAAGUGUAUUAAAAGUUUAUAAGAGUGAGUUAAAUAAGCACAUAGAAGAUGGUAUGGGAAGAAAUCUGGCUGAUCGGUGCACUAACGAGGUCAACACGUCCAUGUUUCAGUCCCAGCAGGAGAUUAUUGAAAAUUUGAAGCCAUUACUUCCAGCUGGUGUUCAGAAUAAACUACACACACUAAUCCCUUGUAAGAAGUUUGAUCUCAGCUAUGACCUAAAUUGCCACAAGUUGUGUUCAGAUUUUCAAGAAGAUAUCGUAUUUCGGUUUUCCUUGGGCUGGUCUUCUCUUGUCCAUCGUUUCUUGGGCCCUACGAAUGCUCAGAGGAUGCUUCUUGGAUUGUCUGAGCCUAUGCUUCAGCUCCCUAGAUCUUUAGCGUCUACGCCGACUGCUCCUGCCAACCCAACGAUGUCCGAUACUGCAUCACAGGAAGAACUUAUGGUGACCUAUCUUUAUGAACGGCUCUCCUGGACCACCCAUGCCAAGGAGAGAGCCUUUAAGCAGCAGUUUGUGAACUAUGCAACUGAAAAACUGCAGAUGAUUGUUAGCUUCACAAGUGCGAACUGCAGCCAUCAAGUACAGCAGGAGAUGGCUACCACUUUUGCACGCCUGUGCCAACAAGUUGAUAUUACUCAAAGACAUCUGGAAGAAGAAAUUGCUAGAUUAUCCAAAGAAAUAGAUCAGUUGGAGAAAAUACAAAAUAAUUCAAAGCUCUUACGAAAUAAAGCUGUUCAACUUGAAAAUGAGCUGGAAACUUUUGCUAAGCAGUUUCUACAUUCAAGCAGUGAAGAAAACUCUUGAGCGAUUGCUUCAGUGACCACCGCAGAGGAGCAGAGUUUGGAAGAUUGGAACAGUAGUUAUUUUUAUGAAAUGACUUUAAAUAUGAAUUAUACUAACUUUACCUAAGUCACAAAACCCUGUGCAGAUUCUGGUAAUGAUAUCUCAGGGUGUUUGUGUUUUGGAAGAGUGUUGUAAUGUGUUGCUGUCCUUCGUUUUAAUUUGAGGUAAAGAAGAGGCCAAAUCAUUUACUAUUUUAAAAUAACCAAUUAGCUAAAAGCAACAGAAUCAACAAGUAUACCCCUGAGGGGUGGGGCCGUGAGCUCUUCAGGAGGGCUUUCUUGUUUCUGAUUCUGAAAAGCUCUGCGUCCUGGCAUCCAGGAGGCAGACAAGGCUCCUUUCACCUUUUUCUCAGAACUAAUUUUUGAUGCCUGCUUUAAUGGGAAUGGUUCUUUGGUUUAUCAAUAGCCUUGCUCUAGUCACCAAGGAGGAAUUUGGAAUGUUCUCGAGUGUUUUAUUAUUCAAGUUACAGUCACCUUUGCGGUCAUGGCAAUAAUGUAAACCACUAAUAAAUAUGCUGUUUUUACUCCCUCUUUGAUUCCCAUUAAAGCUGAUAUAAAACAACA